AUGGAACGACAAGAAUAUCGAGAUAUGGAUGAUGAACAAGAAGAAUAUACUAUUGGUAGUCUUGAUACUUCUAUGGAUAGAUAUCUUGAACGUCAAAGACUUUGGAGAAAACGUAUUCCACAAGAUGGAUCAAGUUUAUUUCGUGCUUUAUCAGAAGCUCUAUUUUCUACUCAAGUCCAUCAUUACGAUGUUCGAUUAAAAUGUAUUGAACAUAUGGAAUUAAAUGCUAAUGAGUAUAGUCAAUUAAUUACAAUGCCGUUAUCAAAAUAUUUAACUCAUUUAAAAGAUCCAACUACACCAGGUGGUAUGCUUGAGGUAGAAGCACUUGCACGAUGUUAUCGUGUAUGUAUUAUUGUGUAUUCUGGUAAAGAUCAUCAUCCUGUGGAAUGUCAAUAUGGUUCAAAUAAAAUAAUGUUUUCAUUAAUUGGGUAUCAAUUUGAUCGGGUUAUUACAGAAGAACGUCGUCGACUUUUAGGCAUUGUACAAGCUUAUGUUUACAAAUUUCUCUACAGUGAAGUAUUCAAUCAACCCAAAGUAGUCGAGCAAGCGAAAGCAAUGUUAAGAAAAUCUGAUACACUUUAUUAUGGAGUUAAAGGAGCUAGCAUGCAAAAAAAUUCAAUUCGAACAGAAAAAAAAAGUAAUCAUGAAUUAAUUCCUGUACCAUAUCGUACAGCAAAAGCAUUGGAACCAGCUAUUUUUCGAAACGUUGCUUAUGAUGUUUAUAUGAAUGAUCAUUUUAAAAAAUAUAUUGAUAGAAAUAUGAUUAAAUCACAUCAACAUAUUCCAUUUAUGACACAUAAUCGAUUAAUUGAACGUUUUGGUGUUAAAAUGCAUUUGCCUGUUUCUUAUAUAAAUCCAUCAGAUUGUCGACGAGUCAUUGUUCGAUUAUCAAAUUCCGAUGAACUAUUUGCUUAUUAUGUUGGUGAAGAUUCAGAUACAAAUAUGCAUAAUGUUUAUCUUGUUAAAUUUGGUUCAAUGACAAAAACAACUGGUGAAAAAAUGUUGGAUUUUCCAGCAUCACUUGGUCGUCGUCCAAUAACAUUUGCACAAUUAAAACGACAUACAAAUAUUUAUCGAAAAUUAAAACCUUGUUUGGAUGCAAGUUUACAAUUUUUCGAAGAACGUUCAUCAAGACGACAACGACAACAAGUUAUUGAUUAUGGAAAUAAUCCAUCAAUUCAACUUUUACGUCCAUAUCAACCACUAAUGUCACCAAUAAAUCCAACAGUAUUAUAUUCACCACCUCUUGAUAAUUAUAAUCAAAAUUCGAAUUGGAUUUCUCCACAUUCUUCUUCUCAUCAACCAGUACCAAUAUUAAUGCCAAUGAGUAAUUCUGAUCAAAUGCAAUUACAUCAUCGUCUUAGUGUUAAUGUAACCGAUCAUUAUGAAUGGUCAACAAAUCCAACAAAUUAUUAUCCGGGAUAUUCAGCAACAGCAAAUUCAUCAAAUAUAGAUACAAUGUCAUUAAAUGGUAGUUUAAGUAGUAAUACAAGUACAAAUGAUAGUUCACCUUAUCCAAUAUUAGCACCAAUGCCAACAGUUUUUUUUAAUCAAUAUUCUCAACAAUCAUCAUGUGAACAACAACAACAACAACAUCAUCAAUAUGCUCAACCAACUGUCUUUGUUCCACAACAUAUUUCACCAAGAUUAAUUAGUGAACAAACUGAACAACAUAUACCGAAUGAAAUGUCAUCAAACAAAUUUCAUCCUAAUCAAACUCCUUUUGUUGUUAUGUCUCCAACACAUCCAAUGAUUGGUCCAGGUAUGCAACAACCUGUUGCAGGAUUUCAUCCAAUUUCAAUGGUACCACAUAUUUAUAUGGAUCCAAUGAAUUGUUCACCAAAUAAUGCUAAUAUUUAUCCUGGUAGUCCUCAACAACACCACCAACAACAAUCAUCAUCACCAUAUCCAUUAUUUUAUUCGUCAUCACCUACAACACCUUCAACACCAUGGAUUUCUACUGUUCCACUACCACCACAUUAUUACGUGUUACCUAAUCCUCAACAAGUUCAACAUUAUCCUUUUCAACAGUUAAUUUAA